GGCGCGGGCUAUGAGCGAUGUCAGCGCAAGGGGUGGUAGAGCGGGCAAGUGCCGAGCUCAGUAAGAGAAUCACAGGGUUAGGUCUCCGCGGUAAACACCACUCCCGCAAUGGUCUGCAGAAGACUUCGGUCAUGGAGAGAGUCACCAACGUCUUCUGUGGCGGCAACGUGUCUUCGGUACCGCCGGACAAACCUUCUAGAUUCCGCAGCAAGUCUGCGACAGGGGUCGCCCAGGUGCACCCGGUCACCCCUCAGACCGUGAGGAAGAUACAUCUUCCGGAGCAUCCCCAGAGCCUCCAGGAGCUCCUCAUGGAUGACCGCUUCCUGGGGAAGUUCUUCACCUAUUUCAGUGCCAGUGAGAGACGGACCUUAGCGCAAGUGUGUGUGCGAUGGAGAGACCUUCUGUACCGGAGUCCGAGAUAUUGGUCGGGGUUGAUGCCUGUAGUGAGAUGUAGGGAGUUACGUCAAGCUCAUCCACAAGACAGGGCGAGGCUCUACGCUUCUUUACUUCGGCGAGGAUUCAGCUCUGUCUGUCUCCUGGGGGCGGCUGAUGAAGAUGCCCUCGAUCUAGUCCAUUCCUUUCCCCUCGCCACGAAACAUGUGCAUUCCCUCAGCCUCCGGUGCAGCAGUGUCAGUGACAGAGGCUUGGAGGCCCUUCUAGACCACUUGCAGGCGCUGUUCGAGCUGGAGUUGGCUGGCUGCAACGAGUUGACCGAGGCCGGCCUGUGGGCUUGCCUCACCCCGAGAAUCGUCUCCCUCACCCUUACCGACUGCAUCAAUGUGGCAGACGAGGCGGUAGGGGCUGUGGCCCAGCUACUCCCCUCGCUCUACGAGUUCUCCUUGCAGGCCUACCACGUCACCGACGCCGCCCUCGGCUUCUUCUCACCGAAACAGAGCGCCACCCUCAGCAUACUGAGGCUACAGAGCUGCUGGGAAGUCACCAACCAUGGCAUUGUCAACAUCGGUUAG